AUGAAAGUCCUCAUCACAGGCGCAAACGGCUUCGUCGGCCAAAUCCUUGCCCAACACCUCCUCGCCACAAACACAGCCACCCAUCUCAUUCUCGCCGACCUCCACAAACCCCCCAACCCCAGCCCCUCGUCGCAGAAUGUCACUUGCACAGCCGCCGACCUGACGUCGCCAGCGGCCUGCACUUCGCUCAUUGCCCAAAACCCGGAUGCCGUCUACAUACUGCACGGCAUCAUGUCUAGCGGCAGCGAAGCCAACCUCGACCUCGGUCUGGCCGUGAACUUUGAAUCGGUGCGUACACUGCUCGACACGAUGCGGGCGCUGCGUCCCGGCAUCAAAGUCGUCUUCACCUCGUCGUGCGCCGUGUACGGGCGGGCGGCCGUGGCAAACCCGGCGACGGAAACGGACAUAGUGCCCAUGCCGGAAUCGAGCUACGGGACGCAGAAACUCAUGAUUGAGUUUUUGAUCAACGACUACUCGCGCCGCGGCUUGAUCGAUGGCCGCGCCGUGCGGCUCCCGACUGUGUUUGUGCGGGCGGGGGCGCCGACAGCCGCGGCUUCGUCCUUCGUAUCCGGGAUCGUGAGGGAGCCUGUCAAGGGCGUCGAGGCCGAGUUGCCUGUCGACCCGCAGAUAGGCAUUUGGCUUACGUCGCCGCGGGCGCUGGCGGUGAACUUGGUGCAUGCGGUCAGGGUGCCCAAGGAGAAGUUUGGCCACUUUAGACAGGUGCUGUUGCCUGGGUAUACGGCGACGAGUGGCGAGAUUCUCGAGGCGUUGGAGAAGGUGGCGGGGAGGGAGACAAGGGCGUUGGUCAAGGAGAAGAGGGAUGAGGCUAUAGAGAGAAUUGUGUUGAGUUGGCCGGCAAAAUACGAUACCACUCGAGCGAGGGAGCUGGGGUUCAGUGAAGAUGUGGGGCUCGAGCAGACGAUUAGGGAUUUCAUCGAGGGAGAGAAGCUCAAGGCCAAGUCAUGA